AUGAUUAUACUGUGUAUAUGGUCCUGGCACUGUAACAGCCAAUCACGCGCAAUAUUAGUUUUGUCGUUUCUGUUCGAGUAUUUUAUCAAACGAAAAUGGUCGUGGUCGAAACGCGGUGAGUCGUCGGAAACGGUGGCGAAGCUAGGAUUGAAAGGAAUCAUCUACUAUGAGCUGCUCCCCUACGGCACAACUGUUCACUCAGAACUGUACUGUCGACAACCGGACUGUCUGAGGGAAACAAUGACCCAGAAGUGGACAGCUUCGGCCAAUAGGGGAGGAAUUGUGUCCCAUGAGGACAAAGCCAUACCACACUCGAAAAAAACUCACCAGAAGCUCAGGGAGCUUGGUUGGGAGGUUUUUAUGCAUCCACCUUAUAGUCCGAAUCUGGUCCCAAGUGAUUAUCAUCUGUUCCUGUCUAUGGCGAACAACUUUGCUGGUGAAAAAUUCGCUUCAACAGAGGCUUGGGAAAAUCAACUGUCUCAAUUUUUUACCAAUAGCGACGUGGGCCUCUAUGAGAGGGGCAUAAUGAUAUUAACUUGA